UACAAAUUUAAUAAAAAAAACAAUCGAAAGGAACGUUUAAAACUAUAUACAGAAGGUUGAUUCUUUGGAUAUUUUGGAAUAGUACUCCAUAUAUGAGGAUCUUUAUCAAUAGUAAAGCAUUUAGUAUUAAAUAUUUGUUCUUUAGAUUCAUCAAUGUCCAUAAUGGGGUUCACAGAGACGGAACCAGGCUAUUGGUUGCUUGCUGGAGUAAUUGGUCUUCUCACCGCUUGGUUGGUCAAACAUCUGAUAACCAGGCCCAAGAACCUUCCACCCGGGCCCACUGGACUACCUCUCCUGGGUGUAGCCUGGCAAAUCUUCAAGGGUGGGUCGGAUCCUCUUGCUCUCUUCGCAUCAUGGUCCAAGAAGUACGGUGAGAUCGUAUCAUUCUACGUUGGUCCGAAGCCGAUCGUCAUCCUCAACUCCUACCCGGUCAUCUUCGAAGCAUUUCGUCAUCCCGAUCUCCAAGACCGACUCAGCAGCCGACUACUUCAAGAAAUAAUGGGAUUAAAGAACAGCGGAAUUGGUUUUUCUAACGGAGAAGUCUGGAAGGAGCAGCGAAAGUUCACCCACUCUGUAUUCCGGAGUCUUGGUGUUGGUAAGAAGAGCUAUGAGGAUACCGUAUCAGCCGAGAUGAUCCAGCUUUCUUCAGUCAUCAAAGAAAAGAAAAGUUCUCCUUUUGACCCCAGCACUCUCUUUAUGCAAGCCGUUUCCAACAUCAUUUGCUCUAUCAUCUUCGGAACACAGUACACAUACGACGACGACGCAUUCAAGAAAAUUUUGCAUCUCGUGAACUUGAACGUAAAAUUGUCGGGAGGGGGCGGAUCGUUUUUGUUUCUUCCCAUUCCUGGUAUUUCCAAGAUUCCGUUUGGUAAAAUGAAGCUCAUGACAAACACAAUUCGGAGCUUGAACGCCUUCAUCCAGUCUCAGAUUGAGUCUCAUGAAAAGAAUUGGGAUCCAGAAAAUCAGAGGGAUUUCAUCGACCAGUACCUCAAUAAGUUGGAUGAAACCAAGGACACAGUUUCUUCAUUCAACAAACUCAAUUUAACCGGUUGUAUCGCCGAUCUCUUUCUCGCUGGGUCUGACACGACGGCUACUACUCUAAAGUGGUGCAUCCUCUACAUGAUGGCCUACCCACGGAUUCAGUCACGUGUUCAAGAUGAACUUGAUCACGUGGUUGGCAGAGAACGAAUCCCAAGGCUGGAUGAUAUCAAAGAUCUUCCCUACACCAAUGCCGUUAUCUUAGAGGUCCAACGGAAGGGUGUGGUUGUCCCACUAGGUGUGCCCCACGUGGCUGCUGCGGAUACCACCAUACGAGGCUACACCAUUCCGAAGGGCGCCGUCAUUGUUUCCAACAUUUCUGAGGUGCUGAACAGCGAAGAGCUUUGGAAAGACUCCGGGGCCUUCAAUCCUGAAAGGUUUCUGACCGCAGAUGGAGAGCUUAUCAAGAGAGAUGAACUCAUCUUUUUCAGCAGUGGUCGCCGUGCCUGUCCUGGAGAGCAGCUAGCCCGGAUGGAGACAUUCUUAGGUUUUACAAGCCUCCUUCAACGAUUCACCUUCAAGAAACCUGACAACUCACCACCUCUUUCUUUUGAAGGAGUAUUGGGUGUAUCAAGGAACCCUGUUCCCUACAUGACAUGUGCUGUAGUAAGAGAAUGAAAAUGGAAGAAAAUCCUUUAAAGUUACAGUCAUGAGGUACGGUAAUAAGGAAACAUGGAUUCUCAGAGAAUCAAAAGGAACCUACACUCAAAAUCCAAGGUGAUAAGUGAUAUCUGCCAAAUGGUUAAGGUACAAAAUUACUAAAAGCUAAAUAAUGAAACGAAAACAUAUGUUAAAAUCGAGCUGGUCAACCAUAGUCAUAGUUGGUCAUAGUUGUCUAAAGUUAUGAAUCGAAGUUUUCAGUUAAUGUGAUUGCGGGCAGUCAUUGUUACUUGACAUUUUAUGGUUCACAUAUACAGUCUACUGCAUUUUAAGCGCUUUUUUUUAUCGAAAUAUAACUCAAUCAGCACAUCUCAAGUUUAGCUGUACCCCUUAUAAAAAAGAGAUAAUGUUUUAAGUUGAAAUAUCUUUUUUCUUUCCUCUUUUUAUGAAAUGAUUGUGGGAAUAUGAAUUGUUCUUGCUAAAUAACGUUGAUAUCUUCUAGGAACGUUAUUGGUCAAUCUCUGUAACUCAUAAAAUUGAUUAAUAAAGUUUUUAAAUAUAUUCACUUUUAUCUAUUGUCAAUAUAUAUAUCUCAAAGAGUAGACGCGAUGCUUUUAAUAAUAAACGAACCUAUCCAUACUUCGAAGAUCUUCCAAAUUUUGUUAUCACAUUCUACAUCUUAUUACAGGGAGCAGUUCAAGGAAGAAAAUAGGUCGCUUAAAAUGUUGCAGAUUAUCGUGAUCUGAUAUAGAAGAAUGAUGCUCGCGUUACUCUUAACUAUUGUAACGCUUGUAAAUCGAGCAACAAUUUAAAUGGACAAAUGGAGCUGACGUAUAAUACAAGCUCUAUUUAGAUGUCACUUCAGUCCAAAACUUCAUUAAUUUAUUAUAUGUAUCGUGUCCUCUUCAACUGGCGGAUAAUAAUAUGUUAGUAAUGAAAUGUCUCCUUUUUUUGUGAUUUAUGUUACUUUUACUCACCUUUUACACGAUCGCGACUAUUUUUGAAAAAUCAACUCAAGGGCGAUUUCAAUACCUGUUAUAAAUCCCAUAGAAAUCAUGUUGGGGUUACGUAAUACUUCAUUGUCAUGUUCGCACGGUUCAAUAGGUGACGCACAAGCCUCAGUAUUCACAAUGCCCUAGGUUGAGUUUUCGAAAACAGUUGCGAUCGUAUUCUAUGUAGUUUAAUCGUUUGUAGAAUGUUUUCUCAUUGAAACAGAAAGUAAAACGAAGACUGUCUAUAUAACUUAUGGAAUGCUAUCGUACUUUGUGAAAAGUGAAUGAAAGAGACGGAAAACGGGGGAGAUAAAGUGUGGAGGUAAAUGGUCAGUUUCCCCUUAUAUUUUGAGCCUCUAUAACUUCACUUUUCCAUAGAUUUAUAUUUCAAGUAAGUUACAUCGUACAUAAAUUCAAAAAUUAUUUUGUGAUUUGUAAAUGAUAUUGAUUAUAAAAGCACUUAUUCUUUGACGUUUUAACCCA